AUUAAACUAUCGAUUUUUCUCAUCGAAUGCGCAUUCUCUAUUGUUCGUUCGAUGAAAAACUCAAUCGGGACGCGAUUCUUCUGACGUUACGAACCUUCAAUUGGAUUUGGCUCGACAGCGUAGGCCUGGAUCCGCGGCAUUCUCACUCGAAAUCAUUUCCGGUUGCUGCACGAGAGCGCUGUCAUCAUCCAACGUCACUGGCGUGGCCAUCGUACCAGGAUCACGAUCGAUCGAUACCUGGUGCACCGUGUCCAUCAAACGUGGCAGGAUUAUUAUGACAAAAUGGCCACGAGAAUCCAGGCGUCCUGGCGUGGCUAUUGGAUCAGGAAAACUGUCCUUGACACGAAGAAGAUGCAACGAUGGUUGAACCGAGUGUACACGAAGAACGAGGAAACCGUGAGGAACAUGAAGAAAUUCAAACAGAAGGAGAUGAAAUUUGUGGAGACCAAAAUCGAACGUGAGUCCAUGCACUGGACGCUGUUUAUUCUCUUCAAGUUGCAUCAUUUGUUAAGAACGAAGCAACAACCAGGUGUGAUCACCAGAAUCGACGAUACUCAGUUCACACUGAUCGAAGAGAUGUUGAAAUGCUUGGAAUACAAACGCUACGUGUCUAAUAAAAGGUCCAAGUUGAAGAGCAAACGUCGAGAUUGUCAAAUCGACGAAACACCAACGUCGAUUCUGCGCGGAACAUAUUAUGAACGAUGUGGAAAAGAGAUUCAAGAAACACAGAAGAAACUGGAAGCGGGAACCGUGCCAGUAUACAGAAGUGAACCGUACGAAGAACACGAGAAGAACAUUCGCAAGUUGAACCAAAUGUACUUGGCAGCUUUCAUUGAUGAAGCAUACGAAACGAGUUCACGGCGAGAAAUCGAGACGAAGAAGGAUAAGCGAAGAGAGGCAAUGUAUUCACUGAGAAAAGAAUUCGAAAAGGAAGCUCAUUGUACCAAAGAGGUCGACCUGUGUGAAAAGAUCAAGAAAAUGGAUUGUCACUUAAACGAACAUCGCUUGAAAUGUCCUAUUCACGAUUCUGUAUGCUGCAAAUGAAAUAUGCUUAAUUAUUUCAUACUUCCCAAAUUUCCAACAAUUUGCGAA